AUGAGCUCUCUGAGGCAAUCUGUGGGGAUUUCACAAACAACAGCACCAAGUGGCCAAUCCAAUGAUGCUGAAAUCUGUCAUCCUUCACUGAGUUGUUUUGUGGGAGAUGGAGGCUGUGUGUGUGAAGAGGGAGAUCCAGGUUUGCACGGGAUUAUGGGAGCUGUGCGUGUUGAUUGGAGGAACCGGUUCUGUGUUACCUCACCCAAUAUAAGCUUCACCUUCUUACUGACAGAGGAAGACAAACCUCAAACGCCUGAGGGCUCUUUGCUGAAGCUCCAGGCUCUGGAGGGAGACACCAGCCCUUCUUCAGACACCUCUCCUGAAGAAAGUCCACCUAGCCUGGGAUUCAAAAAUGAAAUCCUGAUUCCUUCAUGCAAUGGCGUUGGGGAAGAGCGCAGCCCACCAGACUGUAGGCUGGCAGAGGGUGACUGUAGCAGUGAUCUCCAGCAGAGCCCGGGGCCCAGUCGACUCAUCCAGCGCAUCACAGACGACAACAGCCCCCUGCCCUCCCCGCGCUGCUCCAGCCUCAGCCAGAGCCAACGCUUCAACACAGACCCUGAAUCUGCCCCGUCUCCACCCUGCGCACAACAUCUCUUCAUGGCUCGUGGAGUUGUUAGAACGGAGGUUCCUGGAGAUGCCAAGGAAGCUACUUCCAUCCCACUCCUCACUAAACACAUCCAAACUCUCAAGAGGAAAAUACGCAAGUUUGAGGAGCGCUUUGAACACGAAAUGAACUAUAAGCCUUCACAUAAUGAUAAAUCAGUCAAUCCAGAGAUUUUCAAUCUCAUGAGUGAAUUAGCCAGGUCUCGCAAGCAGCUCAAAGAUUUGAAGCUUAGACAGACAUUUGAGGAAUCCCGGACACAUGAGAACAACCACUCCACAGAUAUUUGCAGGUACACUACCGGGCAGCAGGAGACGCCAGAGCAGCAGCACAAGCCCUCUCUGGAGGAGACAGUGGACUCACUCCUGAAACUACUACGGGAGAAACGCCAGGCCCUCGGCCUCCCAGACAACAUGAAGGAGAUGACCCAAAGACAGAUGGCCCUGGAGAAGAUCACUCUGCAAAAAUGUCUGCUGUAUUUUGAGAGCUUACACGGCCGCCCUGGCACCAAACCAGAGGAGAAAAACCUGGUGAAACCUCUCUAUGAUAGAUACCAGAUGGUGAAACAUCUCCUAUGUGCGACUCCCAGUAUUACAACUAUAGAAGAAGAAGAAGGCUCAGAUGAUGACUCCGUUCGGUACACACCCCCACCCAUGUGCCUCACUGAUAAGAGAGGCUGUGGGGAGGAGGAGGGCGACAGUGACCCGGCCUUUGUGUCUCCGGUGGAUGAGAUCAAGACAGUGAGACAGUCAGUCAUAACCAUGUCCAACCUCCACGAGGCCUCCAGGUCUGAGUUGCUGGAGUGUUUGCGUGAGACUCGAGCCGAGAAGAAGAGACGACGUAAAGCCAUCAGAGAGUUUGAAGAGCAGUUCUUCAGACAGAUGGGAAGAACCGCACAAAAAGAUGACCGAAUCCCCAUGGCCGAGGAGUACCAGGAGUACAAAAGUCUCAAAGCCAAAUUACGCUUACUGGAAGUGUUGCUCAGCAAACAGGAAGCCACUUAGACUAUCUGAGAAUUUGUUCUGCCUUUCAGUAUCGAACCCAAUGUUUGGACCAAAUUGUGUUUUUACAUUUGACAUAACUGUGCCAUUAUGAUGCUAAAAUGCACUUUAAUAUCUUUUCUGACCACAUUGGAAGUCCUAGACUCAAUGGGUUGGGCCGAACCGAUCAAGGCCUUCCGGUGGCUACUAUCUCAUAAACGCAAACAUGUGCGAUCUCUGUGCUGUGUACAGAGCGAGACGGAUCGAUACAAACCUCAUUCAGAUUUCAAAGGGCAAAAGGAAAUAUAGAGUAUUCAUCUAUGUGUAUGGAAUAUGGCACUUUAUUUUUGGAGGAGAUUUUUUUUUAACCAAAGUCGAACCAUAUGCAAUUUUCACGUUUUCUUGCUCUUGUUUGAAGCUAGUUUAUGAUUCUAA